AGUUGCCACGUCUCUGUGGUCCAAACAUUACCCAGUGUAAUACAGAGAGAGAGAGAGAGAGAGAGAGAGAGAGAGAGAGAUAUGUAGGCUCAAUCUCCAUUUAAAGCCCAAAACCAAAGAAUUACAGUCCUGUCGGAGAAGAAAGAGGAGACUAGCAGAGAGAGGUUCUUUACUUGAUCAAGAGAUGGAUAUAAAUACCAGUACCCCUUCUCUUUCACUCCCUCUUCAAGCUUCAAUGCCCUCGUCUUCUUCUCUUCACAAAUCAUCUGAAAUGGGAAACAAUCUUUUGAAGAUUCUGAAUGUAAGAGUGAUAGGGAAUGGGGAGAGGAUACUGGUGCUCGCCCAUGGUUUCGGCACUGAUCAAUCGGCAUGGAAGAGUAUCAUUCCUUACUUCACUCCUAACUACCGUAUUGUUCUCUACGAUCUGGUUUGUGCAGGGAGUGUCAACCCUGACUACUUCGAUUUCCGACGCUAUACCUCUCUGGAACCUUACGUGGACGAUUUACUCACCAUCCUUGACGCUCUCCGCAUUGAUAAGUGCGCCUAUGUUGGUCACUCUGUCUCUGCCAUGAUCGGCAUCCUCGCUUCCAUCCGCAGACCUGAUCUCUUCUCCAAACUUGUCCUCAUCGGCGCCUCCCCAAGGUUCUUGAAUGACAAAGAUUAUCACGGGGGAUUCGAGAGAGGUGAGAUCGAGAGAGUAUUCACGGCGAUGGAAGCAAAUUACGAGGCGUGGGUGAAUGGAUUCGCUCCAUUAGCGGUGGGAGCAGAUGUGCCGGCGGUUGUGAGGGAAUUCACGAGGACUUUAUUCAAUAUGAGGCCAGACAUAUCUUUAUUCGUGUCCAGGUCUGUGUUUAAUAGCGAUCUGAGGGGGAUUCUUGGGCUGGUGAGGGUACCUUGCUGCAUCAUCCAGACAGCCAAGGAUGUAUCGGUGCCGGUAUCUGUGGCGACGUACUUGAAGAACCACCUUGGGGGUCGGAACACGGUGGAGAUACUGCACACAGAGGGACAUUUGCCGCACCUGAGUGCGCCUACCUUACUGGUUCAAGUUCUCCGGCGAGCUCUGGCUCGGUGACGAAUUAACUACUGUGCUCACGUAAAGGUAGUCGUAUAUGGUACACAUUAGCGUGCUAGCAAAUGAAAAGACAGAAGGGAGCAUCUUCAGCCUAGGUCAUCAUGAUCUUUUCGCACCUACAAUGUCUAGGUGUAGACACGUAAGUGAUUAGCGUUCUUUCUUCCAAAAAAUGUACAUUUGAGUAGACCGGACUAUGGUAGCCACUGAUCUACUAUAUGGUUGGUCAUCUUGGUAGUGAUAUGUGCAUGGUUUGAGGUAUUGGGUAUCAGUCAGAUUGGUGUCAAAUCUAUCAUAUAAGCAGAUUUUGCCCUCAAAGAUACCAAUUUCUGAUUACUGUUAUACCCUUUGUGACAUCAGUACUAUUUUUGUCC